AUGAACAUGCAAGACAAACAACAAACAUCACCACAAAUCGAACUAACCAUGGAUUUAACCAAAAUUCAGUCAAACAACCAUGAUAACAUUUUGACCAUAAUCAAAAACCAAGUUUUCCCCGUACUAUCACGUUGUCAUGCAGGUUACUUUCGUAUCACUCUUUCCCUUUGUUGUCAAACUCUACUUUGGAAAACCUUAAAAGAUCCACCGGAAAACGCUCAUGUUUAUCGCAAAAUGCUCGGCGUGUUCCCCUCGACCGCCUUUCUCCUCCUUUGGACACUUUCCUUGAUCACUUUAACAUCACUUUCUUUGUUAUACAUCUUAAGAUGUGCAUUGUUUUCCAACAUGGUAAAAAAUGAAUUUUUAAACCAUAUAGGUGUAAACUACCUUUUCGCCCCCUCAAUUUCAUGGCUAUUACUAUUACAAUCCGCACCUUUUUUCACACCAAAAACCAUUUACUACCUUUACCUUUGGUGGCUUUUUGUUGUUCCCAUAUUUUUCCUAGAUGUAAAAAUAUAUGGACAAUGGUUCACCAAAGGGAGAAGAAUCUUAUCUACCGUCGCGAAUCCUGCAAGUCAGCUAUCAGUAGUGGGGAAUUUUGUUGGAGCUAGGGCCGCGGCACAGAUGGGGUGGAAAGAGAGUGCUAUGGUGAUGUUCGCAAUCGGGAUGGUGCAUUAUUUGGUGGUUUUUGUAACACUUUAUCAAAGAUUUUCUGGUAAUAGUUGUCUUCCAACGUUACUCCGACCGGUUAUGUUUUUGUUCAUUGCUGCUCCUAGUAUGGCAAGUUUGGCAUGGGAUUCUAUUUCUGGGACAUUUGAUUUUUCAUCAAAGAUGCUUUUUUAUCUUUCUCUCUUUCUCUUCUUGUCCCUGGUAACAAGGCCAAAAUUAUUCAAGAAAUCGAUGCAGAAAUUCAAUGUGGUUUGGUGGGCAUACUCAUACCCAUUAUCAGUUUUGGCAUUGGCUUCAACGGAAUACGCACAAGAGAUGAAAAGUAGCAUAGCGCAUUUGCUUAUGCUUAUUCUUUCAGCACUUUCGGUCAUUGUUUCGGUUGUUCUAAUGGUUUAUACCGCCCUCAACACAAACGCUCUUUUGCCUCCUGAUGAUGCUUGCGAUCCCACUAUUGUGACAAUUGGUCCCAUUACUACUAGUAGUGAAGUAAGUUUUGAUUCAAGCUCAGAAUCAACUCCAUCUUGA